AUGCCCGGCAGACAAAUGCAUGCGCUCUCCCUCAAUGAUCGUGCAGCCAGCUGUAGCCAGCUCGAUACAGAUGCUCUCUCGUCCAUUGCUUGUCCUAUAUGUCAAGAAGAGAUGCUUUCCCUGCAACAGCUCAAUCGCCAUCUGGACGAUGCACAUGUUGAGGUCGCACAGCAAGUCCAAGAGGUCGGCAUCCGGUCUUGGUUCGGGAAACAAAUUUCUCGCAGUUCAAAACUAGCGCCUGUUGCAGCGAUUGCGAAAACUCUCAAGUUCGUCGAGCCCUUUGAGCGGAAUGGCGCAGAAGAGGAACAUGUCGGUAUCGAAUCGGCGCAAGAAACGGAUAGCAUUGUGUCGCGCGCACAUUGGCAGAAGGAAAGCAAGGAGGACUAUUGUACACUUGACAAUUGUCGUAAACGAUUAGGUGGUCGGAUACGAGCUGUCAAUUGUCGGCAUUGUGGUAAGCUUUACUGCGAUCAACAUACGCUCUGUCAGAUGCGACUUUCGCGCAGUGCCGUCUAUGAACCUGUUCGUGGGCAUUGGUGUCGAGUCUGCAUAAGUUGUUACGAAGGCAGAGACUGGUAUCACGAUAAAGAAGGUUGUGUGCAUGAUCGGUCAGCAGAGCUAUUCGCUUGCAGACGAGGAUGGGUUGAUCGAGCACGACUUGAGGCGAAUCGUCUCGAGAAGCGCCUGUCAAAGCUGCUUGCCUCCCUCGCAGAUUUGCCGAAAGAAGACACCCAGGACAAACUUUUCGGCUUAGUCCUCGGAAAGGCGAAUCCGCGACGGCUCAUUGAGCAGCAGGCUGUGCCCUGGGAAGAUGAUACGACUUUGACAGAGUGCAGAGAUUGCAAACUGCCAUACAGCUACUCCAAUCGAAAACAUCAUUGUCGACUAUGUGGGCAAACGACGUGUGGCAAUGCAGCUACGCGCUGCAGUACCGAGAUUGCCUUCGAUGUCGCGAUACCGGAAAAAGUGCAACAAGCUCGCCAUGCUGGCUCAUCAAGCGUAACACUACGUCUUUGUCGCAACUGCGAGAUGCAACUCUCCGAUAUUUCACCUAUGGUAGAAGAAGAGACGGCGGGAUUGCCCUUGUGGAUGACACACUACACAACGCUUCGCCUGUUCCAAACAUCUAUUGAGUCCCUCAUGCCUCGUUUUCAGGCACUUCUCAGCAGACUAGACGAUACAAGUAAUUUCCCGACCAGCGAGGAGACGAAAGCUGCUGCUCGUGUCCGCAAAAGGUUGGUCGAUGCUAUGACCCAAUACGACUUAUUGGCCAAGAAGAUUGCAGUUCGAGAGGACGAAAAGGCUACCAUCUCCCCAGCUGAGACUAAGCUACGAGGUAAUGUUGUCUUGCAAGCAGGUGUCUUUCUACAGCGCAACUUGGUUCCACUGCAACAUGUACCUAGUCUCUCGCAGCUCCGAAAACGACAAGCUGAUUUGGCGUCGACGCCAGAUGACGCCGCUAGCUUGAUGAGUGGCGAAACCAUGUCGAGCGAGGAAUCAAAGCAUCAGCAAGAACAGCGACAAAUUGUCAUGGUCCUCAAGGAACAGGAAUUUUUACUUCAAGAAGAACUAGAUCGACUGAAGCGACGUCGUAAGUUUGAAGAAGUCAAGGCACUCUCUGUUGCGCUUGCAGAGUUGGGUGAGGAAAUCACAAAACAGGUGGCCAUCCUGGGUCAGGAUUUGUGA